AACGAUAACACACGUCCAAAACUGCUCUAUAUUUCAGAAUAUUUUUCCAACCAACAUUAACAAAAUUUCUUUACUUUAGCCCAUGUAUAUAUACAAAGCCAAGAUGUAUGUAAGUAUAUAUCACAGCCCCUUGCCAAACUGAAACUUAGCUUACAAUCCUUUCCCUUUUGGCUUUUGCUCUCUCCCCAGUUUCAUUCACUCCUCUUUUUUUUAAUUUUUUUUUUUAAUAAUAAAAACAGGUGCAGAGCUAAAUAUAUUUUCACCUUGUUCUUUACUCUGUUCUUUAAGUGAAGAUUGAGAAGCAGACCCUGUUUUUGAAAUCCAAGUUUGAUGGGAGCUCCCUAGAGGCAGCUAAGCUGUUUGAGUUAUCAAUAAGGGUAUGAAGCAAUCUGCAGAGAAACGAGACGAUAUGCUGUUGCAUUCUGCUGUUAGCGCGGAGAAUUUGGGAUUGGUUGUGGAGAUACUUGCUACGAAUGAAGAUAAAGAACUGAAAGAGUUGUUGUCCAAGCAGAAUCAAUCCGGUGAAACUGCCCUUUAUGUUGCUGCUAAGUUGGGAUAUGUUGACUUUGUGAAGGAGAUGAUCAAGUAUUAUGAUAUUGGGGAUGCCGGUAUUAAAGCUAGGAAUGGCUCUGAUGCUUUCCACAUAGCUGCCAAGCAAGGAAAUUUAGAGGUGGUGAAGAUUCUGAUGGAUGCUCUUCCGGAACUUUCAUUGACUUUUGAUCAAUCCAACACCACAGCGUUGCAUAGUGCCUCGUCACAAGGUCAUACUGAAGUCGUAAAGUUUCUUAUGGAGAAAAAUGGCAACCUGGUCACCAUAGGAAAAAGUAACAAGAAAACAGCCUUGCAUUCUGCAGCAAGAAAUGAGCACUUAGAGGUGGUAAAAGUCCUCUUGAGUAAAGAAACUGAGAUUGCUAUGAUGACUGACAAGAAAGGCCAAACAGCUCUUCAUAUGGCUGUUAAAGGACAGAGUGUGGAGGUGGUUGAUGAGCUUAUAUCUUCAAAACCUGAUCUAAUUAAUAUGCUUGAUGGCAAGGGAAAUACUGCACUUCAUAUAGCAACCCGCAAAGGUCGCACAAAGAUCAUACUUGCUCUGCUAAGCCACAAAGAAAUUCUGGACAAAAAAGCAAUAAACAAAUCUGGAGAAACUGCUCUCGACACUGCUGAAAAAACUGGUCGUUCAGAGAUUGCAAGUAUCCUAGAAGAGCAUGGGGUUCAGAGUGCAAAAAAUAUGAAACUACCACCACCAACAAAUGCUGCCAAGGAAUUAAAACAAACAGUAAGCGAUAUCAAACACGAGGUUCACCAUCAGAUCGAGCACACACGCCAAACAAGAAAACAGAUGAAAGGAAUAGGCAAGCAGAUCAACAAGAUGCAUUUGGAAGGGCUCAACAACGCAAUCACCUCGACUACAGUUGUUGCUGUUCUGAUUGCCACUGUUGCAUUUGCUGCUAUUUUCACUGUCCCUGGUCAAUAUGUAGAUAACCCUAAAGAUGCAAACUCUGUAGUUUCCCUAGGAGAAGCACAUAUUGCCUCGAAGCCCCAGUUCACAAUCUUCCUUAUAUCCGACUCUCUUGCACUCUUUAUAUCAUUGGCUGUUGUGGUGGUUCAAACUUCGAUCGUAGUUGUCGAAAAGAAGGGGAAGAAGCAAAUGAUGGCAAUUAUUAACAAGCUCAUGUGGUUGGCUUGCGUUUCUAUUUCAGUGGCAUUUUUUGCACUUUGUUUUAUUGUCGUCGGAGAGCACGAAUUUUUGCUAGCACUUGGAGUAACAAUAGUAGGGACAUUGAUCAUGGCCGCAACACUGGGGACAAUGUCUUACUGGGUUAUUUUGCACCGAAUUGAGGCUUCUAACUUGAGGAGCGUUCGCAGGUCUGCAAGGAGUAGCAAGUCAAGAUCAUUUUCACAUUACAUAACAUCAGAUUCAGAAAACAAUGAGUACAAGAAUCUGUAUGCAAUUUGAUUGUGCCAAUCCACAGGUUCACUUUCUAUUCUCCAGGCAUUAGCUCCAUGUCUGGUUUUUCAACUACAAAUCUCCUUAUUACAUAUGUAUAUAGAUAGGUAAUUGUAAUAUCCCUAACCCGAGUUGUAGGGUUUUUUUGUAAGUUCUCAGCAGGCCAGAUGUUGACUUGUAAGACUCACUAGUUUGUGCUUUUGCUAUGUUUAUCUGUUCAUAAUAUAAUAUUAGCCAUUACAGUCUAA